AUGCUUCCCCUGGCGGGCGCGACGGACCGUCCUGAGAGAGUGCGGCGGCGGGGAGGGCCCGGUGCCGCCAGGUGUCCGUUCCCUCUGUCGGCGGAGCCGCCCGGCGCGGGGCGGACGCGCCGUCGGGGCGCUCCAUGCACCCCCACCCCGUUCCGCCCCGCCGCGCGCGGGGAGGCCGCCCGGCGCGCGCCUGCCCGGGGCGGGGCGGGGCGGGACAGCGCGUGCCGCCGGCCCGGGCUCACCCCCCAACCCCCCCGCUCCCGCUCCCGUCCGCCGCCGUCGGCCGCGGCCUCCGCUCCCCCCGCGCGCCAUUGGCUCCCCGCACGCGCCGGCCCUGCGCGCGCGCGCGCCAUUGGCCGCGCCGACACGCGACCGGCGCGAGUGGAGGGCGUGCGGCGGGAGGGGUGGGGCGCGAGGGAGAGGAGGGGAGAGGGAGGGGGAGCGGGGGCGGGGGGGGACCCCGGCGCGUGCCGCUCCUUAAAGGGGGGCGCGAGCCCGGCCGCCACCGGAGCCGUCGGGGCGCCACGCGCGAGGCGGGGGCUGCGCGCGGCCCGAUGGGCGCGCGGCGCUAGAGCCAUGAGCCUGCCCUGGGCAGAGCGCGCCCGCGAGCCGCCCACAGAGCCGCCGCCGCCGGGCCCGGAGCAGAGCGGCUGCGGCGCCUUCGCGCCGGGCUCCUGGCUCGGCGUCUGCUGCGCCGCCCGCCUGCCCGCCGCCUCCUCGCCGCGUUACCUGCUGCCCGGCGAGGACGACGAGGCGGCGGCGGAGGGCGGCGCGGCACGGGGCGGCGGGAGCAGCCCCGGCGGGCCGCGGGGCGGCGGGCGGCCGCGGGGCGGCGGCGGCGGCCCCGGGCUGCGGGCGCAGGUGAGCGGCGUGCAGAAGCAGCGGCGGCUGGCGGCCAACGCGCGGGAGCGGCGGCGGAUGCACGGGCUGAACCACGCCUUCGACCAGCUGCGCAAUGUCAUCCCCUCCUUCAACAACGACAAGAAGCUCUCCAAGUACGAGACGCUGCAGAUGGCGCAGAUCUACAUCAGUGCCCUGGCCGAGCUGCUGCACGGCCCCGCCGCCUCUUCGGACGGCUCCGCCAAGGCCGAGCACCGCGGGGCCCCCUUCGAGCCGCCCUGCGCUGCCGCCGGGGCCGGAGCUCCGCCGGGGCCGCCGGCGCCGCCACCGGGGCCGCCCAGAGCGUCGCCCCCCGGGCACGGCCGGACUCGCUUCCCCCCGCCGCCGGCCACGGGGGGCUACUCGGUGCAGCUCGACCCGCUGCACUUCUCCUUUGCGGAGGGCGCCCUGAUGGGACAGAGAGCCCCUUCCCCCGCCCUCCUCCUGCCGCAGCCCGGGCAGCCGCCGCAGGAGAGGAGCAAGACGUCGCCCCGGUCCCACAGGAGCGACGGGGAGUUCUCGCCCCGCUCCCACUACAGCGAUUCGGAUGAGGCCAGCUAAGGCAGGGGCGUCGUCACCGGCACCCCCGCAAGGCCGCCCCUCGAAGCACAGACUCUGCCGUGGGGUGAGCAGCCGGACGCGGUGCAGCCACGGACGGCAUCGGCUCCCCUCGGUCGCUUUGAAAUCCGCCCCCUCGUCUCCCACCCCCAGCAGCCCCUGGUUUGUCCUGGGGGGAUGGCUGUUAGCGAGUGACUGUACCCGCCCCGUCUGUCAGGGUCGGUUGGUUUGUUUUUAAGUUUUAGUUUACACUUCGAAAGUUUCUUUCGCCUAGAGGUUGCCGUUCCCUCCUGCCAAUACGCCACCUCGCAGCCUUAGCCUGACUCGCCCCGUCGGCGAGCAGGUGAUGCGCAGGGAGAAAGCCUGGCCCCGCUGCUGGGGUGCCGCCGGCGCCAUCCAUCCCCACCCAGCCGUGAACCCGCCCUGACACCCCCGUCUUCCAGGACACCCAUCCUGCCGUGGGUCGCAUUGCUGUGGAAACACGCACACACACAAGCAUACUCACAAAAGUCAAUAGCGCGCCGUCUUAACCUGUAAAUAGCGGAGAAAAUUUGGAUUUUCUUUAGAGCAUCUUGUCGGCGUCUUUUGGGGGGGAACUUGGCGCAAGCACUUUAUCAGCGGCUGGAGAUGCAGUUUCAAGAGGAAAGCUACUAACUGCCAAUUGGAGACCAAUGUUUAAUUAAGCCACUUAAUCCUAACGCUCUCUUAAAAACGAAAACGGUUUUGUCGUGUCAAACUUUUAUGUCAGUUUUAUUUUCCUUUUGUGGUAAUAGGAAACGUAUUUAUUAUGCAGUGUUUGCAAUUAUUUCUGCUUCUCUCUUUUUUAAAAAAAAAUUCUUUUCUACGACGAAAAUCGUUUAUUUUGAUUUUAG